AGGGCCAAAUUUCGGCUCUCGGUGUUCGAUCUCCGCUUGGCUUUGCUCGUGGCCCAGCGAAGAUGCGUGCCCGAGCUGGGAGCGGCGAGCACCAUGGCAUCAAGACAGCGGGGAAACGCACAGAAGAGGCCUUGAAGGAGGUCGGCGAUUCCAUGAAUGAAGUCUUCAAAGACAUGAAAGAGCAAUGGAGCAAAUUCACAAGGCCAAGCUGGUUUGGUGGCUCCUCAAAGGAGGCGCAUCAUCCAGUGCGGCCGGGUUCCUCCAAGGAGCCAACGGAGGUCCACGCCCACCCUGAAGAUGAUGCGACUAUGCGGCACCAUUGUGCUGCAUUGGAGCGUUUGGUCGAGAUGGGGCUUUCUCCCCAGGCAGCCAAGGUGGCAGUCCGCCGGUUGGACAGUUGGCUCGUCAGUGAGGAUGGUCGAGCUGAGAUGGCGGCCGCAGAAGCGGAGGCCUCUAGCGCAGGGGAGCCGAUCCUCCACGUGGGGAGCGCCCAAAAACGUGGACCGACGCGUCGAACUGAAAUUGUUGAUAUGGACCUUUGCUCCUAGUAGAUUCUUGCUACUAGUAGCUUCUGGUUCCUAGUAGUACGGCCAGGAGCCCCUAGUAGCGUUCUUGCUCCUAGUAGCGAUGCCCUUGGCUACUAGUAGCUUCUUUGUUCCUAGUAAGCCCCUAGUAGCGUCCUUGCUCCAGCGAUGCCCUUUGCUCCUAGUAGCGUCCUUGCUUCUAUGCCUAUUUUAGCUUGUAGAUGCUUGUAGUGUCGCUAGCGCGUUGUUCGCUUGACUUGCGCUACAUGAUGUAGCCCCUUCUGACCGAGGAGAGGAGAGUGUGCGUUUGCGGUUUCCGUGGUUGUGGAGAUUCGGGGUUUCCAGCACCACUGGGCUUGCAAGACGAAGGCCAAUAAAGAGGGGUGGAGCCAUUCCGUUGUUCGCGCUAACAGUCGGAGGGCAGAGAAGAUCCUAGCCAGGCAGUCUAGGGAGGACGCAGG